UUAAUCUCACAACGAACCAAGCAAAUGGGAGAUGAAUGCGUGACUGUCUGCAUGCGGUUUACUGUGGUUUACCAUGCCUGUGUUUUACACACCUAUACCUCGAAAUCUGAGAGUGGGUCUGGCUAAUGCAAGCGGCUCUGUGUUUUUAAAUAACAGGACGAGAGACAGUGAAGACCUCAGAGACUUUUAUCAAGAUAAUGAAGCGUGCAGUGAGAUUUCCUCUCAUCUUCCACUGCAGAUGCUGCUGUAUUUCAACAGCUUCUUCUUUCCUUUUUGGUGGAUUUCUGAGGUUGUCAUGUUGGAUUUAAAGUUCUCUUUAUUGCCGGUGUAUUACCAGUGCUUGUUGGUGACGGGAUUGGUGCUGAUUAGCAUAUUUGAAGUAUUGCGUGUGUAUCUGGGUUACAUCGGGAACCUCAAAGAGAAGGUUCCAGAGUUAGCUGGAUUCUGGUUGCUGUCCUUCCUCUUCCAGCUGCCUAUUCUCCUCUUCUUCAUCACAGAUGAAAACAUCAUCAUUCUGCCUCUGGAGCGAGCCGUUCACUCUCUCUACCUGGCCUUUCUUCUGGCCGAGGUCCUGGCCUCGUUUUUCGCUCUGCGCGUCAUGACUCGUAAACUCGCCCUGCAGUUUCACAUGAGGCAGUUUGGUCCUGUACAGAGUCUUCAUACAGUAGACACCCUGCCUAUGGUUGGACUGUCAUAUGGAAACAGAAGUGUGUUGCCUGUGAGGGACAUCCAGCCCGGCUGAGAGUUCAUGUACUAUGGAAGAUAAUGCAUGGGCUGGUAACCAAGCAGGAAGUCUUCCAUGACAUCAUUCUGAUCUUGGAGUAGAAAGUAGGAGAGACUGGGUUGCUACGGUGAACGUGAUUUCACCGAUUAGGUCAUGGAUCUGUUUCUGUGUAUCAACCAAUCAGAUUGGAGGAUUAGGGGCAAGGUUAGGUUUAAGACUGGGUUAGGGGCUUAUUAUUUAUUUCCCUGUGAUUUUAUGGGAUUUAGGUUAUGGGUUGAGUUUAUGUAGGGACUUUUUGUUUUUUUGUCAGGAAUGUUGUUCCAGGACCAACAAAGGAUGUUGAUUCAGGUGUUCAUCUUACUUGGCAAUCACAUCAACCAAGUUGUUACAUGGUUGGGGAAGCUUAAAUUUUGUACGAAGCUUUUAAAUAUUUAUGCAUCCAGUCUCCUGCAGAACAUUUCUUAAAUAAAUUAUUAUUUUAUGUUAAUACUAGGCAUUUGGCAGAUCACCCAAAGCAACUUACAAAAAUGAGCAAUGAAGUGAUUCAUCUUAAGUUUUAACAAUUGCUAGAGACCAAACCUAAAAUAUUAACUGAGUAUUCAAAAUGUCGCUCUCGAGUGUUCACAGAACCCAGGUAAAAAUAAAGUAAACUUGAAUGUACAGUACCAGUAAGUACAUUUUUGUGCUAAAUAAUAGUGUAAAGUUGUUCACUACAAAUAUACUAAUUUCUACUUCAGUGCACAAAUGUAAACUAAAUACAGUUAUACUUAAAGUUUAAA